CGGGCGAGUGACUCCCGCCGCCCCCUCCCAGGUGACGCCGCGCCAGCGAGGAGCGCGAGGGCCCCGGGCAGGAUGAACCGAGCCAAGCCCACCACCGUGCGGAGGCCGAGCGCGGCCGCCAAGCCCUCAGGGCACCCACCCCCUGGGGACUUCAUCGCCUUGGGCUCAAAGGGUCAGGCCAAUGAAUCAAAGACCACGUCCACCCUGUUGAAGCCGGCCCCUUCCGGCUUGCCUUCGGAGCGCAAGCGGGACGCUGCAGCCUCUCUGUCUGGGGCCUCGGCGCUAACUGGCCUCACCAAACGUCCCAAGCUGUCCUCUACUCCCCCACUGAGUGCCCUGGGGCGCCUGGCUGAGGCUGCUGUUGCAGAGAAGCGAGCCAUUUCCCCCUCCAUUAAAGAGCCGUCUGUGGUGCCCAUUGAAGUUUUGCCCACAGUGCUGCUGGACGAGAUCGAAGCUGCCGAGUUGGAGGGCAAUGACGACAGGAUCGAGGGCGUGCUGUGCGGGGCCGCGAAGCAGCUGAAGAUGACGCGGGCCAAGCCCGACAGCGCGCUGUACCUGAGCCUCAUGUACCUGGCCAAGAUCAAGCCCAACAUCUUCGCCACGGAGGGGGUCAUCGAGGCCCUGUGCAGCCUCCUGCGGCGGGACGCCUCGAUCAACUUCAAAGCCAAGGGGAACAGCCUGGUGUCCGUGCUGGCCUGCAACCUCCUCAUGGCCGCCUACGAGGAGGACGAGAACUGGCCCGAGAUCUUUGUUAAGGUCUACAUCGAGGACUCGCUGGGGGAGCGGGUCUGGGUGGACAGCCCACACUGCAGGGCUUUUGUGGACAACAUCCAGACGGCCUUCAACACGAGGAUGCCCCCCAAGAGCGUGCUGCUGCAGGGGGAGGGCGUGCGCAGUGGGGGUGAGCUCGGAGCAGGCAGCAGCCCCCACCCCUCGCUUACGGAGGAAGAGGACAGCCAGACGGAGCUGCUGAUUGCUGAGGAGAAGCUGAGCCCGGAGCAGGAGGGCCAGCUCAUGCCCAGGCCUAGGUACGAGGACCUCACAGAGAGCGUGGAGGAGUAUGUCCUGGACAUGCUGCGUGACCAGCUGAACCGGCGGCAGCCCAUCGACAACGUGUCCAGGAACCUGCUGCGGCUGCUCUCCGCCACCUGCGGCUACAAGGAGGUGCGGCUGUUGGCCGUGCAGCGGCUGGAGCUGUGGCUGCAGAACCCCAAGCUGACUCGGCCGGCCCAAGACCUGCUGAUGUCCGUGUGCAUGAACUGCAGCUCACACGGCCCGGAGGACAUGGAUGUCAUCUCCCACCUGAUCAAGAUCCGCCUGAAGCCCAAGGUCCUCCUCCACCACUACAUGCUCUGUGUCAGGGAGCUGCUGAACGCGCACAAGGACAACCUGGGCACCACCAUCAAGUUCGUGAUUUUCAACGAGCUCUCGAACGCCCGGAACCCCAACAACAUGCAGGUGCUGCACACCGUGCUGCAGCACAGCUCCGAGCUGGCGCCGAAGUUCCUGGCCAUGGUGUUCCAGGACCUUCUGACGAACAAAGAUGACUACCUCCGGGCCUCGCGGGCCCUGCUUCGCGAGAUCAUCAAGCAGACCAAGCACGAGAUCAACUUCCAGGCCUUCUGCCUGGGGCUCAUGCAGGAGCGCAAGGAGCCGCAGUACCUGGACAUGGAGUUCAAGGAGCGCUUUGUGGUUCACAUCACAGACGUGCUGGCUGUGUCCAUGAUGCUGGGCAUCACGGCUCAGGUGAAGGAGGCUGGCAUCGCCUGGGACAAAGGAGAGAAGAGGAACCUCGAGGUGCUGCGGACAUUUCAGAACCAGAUAGCUGCCAUCCAGCGUGACGCUGUCUGGUGGCUUCACACUGUUGUCCCCUCCAUCAGCAAACUCGCCCCCAAGGACUACGUGCACUGCCUUCACAAGGUGCUCUUCACCGAGCAGCCGGAGACCUACUACAAGUGGGACAACUGGCCUCCGGAGAGCGACCGCAACUUCUUCUUGCGCCUGUGCUCGGAGGUGCCCAUACUGGAGGACACCCUCAUGCGCAUUUUGGUCAUCGGGCUGUCCCGUGAGCUCCCUCUCGGCCCUGCGGACGCCAUGGAACUUGCUGACCACCUGGUGAAGCGAGCUGCUGCAGUCCAGGCCGAUGAUGUGGAAGUGCUGAAGGUGGAGCGGAUCCAGCUGAUAGAUGCAGUUUUGAACCUGUGCACCUACCACCAUCCAGAGAACAUCCAGCUGCCACCAGGGUAUCAGCCCCCGAACCUCGCCAUCUCCACGCUCUACUGGAAGGCCUGGCCCCUGUUACUGGUUGUUGCCGCAUUCAACCCAGAGAAUAUUGGGCUGGCGGCCUGGGAAGAGUACCCCACUCUGAAGAUGCUCAUGGAGAUGGCCAUGACCAAUAACUACUCGUACCCCCCCUGUACACUGACGGACGAGGAGACCAGGACGGAGAUGAUCAACCGGGAGCUACAGAUCUCGCAACGGGAGAAGCAGGAGAUCCUGGCCUUCGAAGGGCACCUGGCCGCUGCCUCCACCAAGCAGACCAUCACCGAGAGCAGCAGCCUGCUCCUCUCGCAGCUCACCAGCCUGGACCCCCAAGGGCCCCCGCGGAGGCCGCCGCCUCACAUCCUGGACCAGGUGAAGGCCCUCAACCAGUCCCUGCGCCUAGGACACCUCCUGUGCCGCAGCCGCAGCCCCGACUUCCUCUUACACAUCAUCCAGCGCCAGGCCUCCUCACAGUCCAUGCCCUGGCUGGCCGACCUGGUGCAGUCCAGUGAAGGCUCGCUGGAUGUGCUGCCCGUGCAGUGCUUGUGUGAGUUUCUGCUGCACGAUGCCGCGGAUGCCGCCACCUCAGGGGAGGAGGAGGAGGAGGGUGAGAGCCGGGAGCAGAAGGCCAAGAAGCGACAGAGGCAGCAGAAGCAGAGGCAGCUUCUAGGCCGCCUGCAGGGCCUGUUGCUGGGCCCCAAGGCCGACGGGCAGACCACGUGCGAGGUGCUCGACUACUUCCUGAGGCGCCUGGGCUCCUCGCAGGCCGCCUCCCGCGGGCUGGCCAUGAAGGGCUUGUCGCUGGUGCUCUCGGAGAGCAGCCUUAGGGACAAGGAGGAGAAGGAGCCCCCCAUGGAGGAGGAAACGGGGGAGGCGGAUGCGCUUCAAGGCUACCAGUGGCUGUUGCGAGACCUGCCCAGGCUGCCCCUUUUCGACAGUGUCAGGACCACCACUGCCCUGGCGCUGCAGCAGGCCAUCCACAUGGAGACGGACCCCCAGACCAUCAGUGCCUACCUGGUCUACCUGUCCCAGCACACGCCCGUGGAGGAGCAGGGCCCCCACAGCGACCUGGCCCUGGACGUGGCCCGGCUUGUGGUGGAGCGCUCCACCAUCAUGGCACACCUCUUCUCCAAGUCCGCCUGCAGCUCCACCGCGGACGCCGUGCUCGCGGCCCUGCUGUCCGUCUUCGCCCGCUACGUGCGGCGCAUGCGCAAGAGCAAGGAGGGCGAGGAGGUCUACAGCUGGUCGGAGUCCCAAGACCAGGUCUUCCUGCGCUGGGCCAGCGGGGAGACGGCCACCAUGCACAUCCUCAUCGUCCACGCCAUGGUCAUCCUGCUGACACUGGGCCCGCCCCGCACUGGUGAUGGUGAGUUCCAUGAACUGCUGGAUAUCUGGUUUCCGGAGAAGAAGCCACUGCCCACGGCUUUCUUGGUAGACACGUCUGAGGAGGCACUGCUGCUACCGGACUGGCUGAAGCUGCGCAUGAUCCGCUCUGAGGUCCCUCGGCUUGUGGACGCCGCCCUGCAGGACCUGGAGCCCCAGCAGCUGCUGCUCUUCGUGCAGUCCUUUGGCAUCCCCGUGUCCAGUAUGAGCAAGCUCCUGCAGUACCUGGACCAGGCGGUGGCCCAGGACCCCCAGACUCUGGAGCAGAACAUCAUGGACAAGAAUUACAUGGCCCACCUGGUGGAGGUGCAGCACGAGAGAGGCGCCUCGGGAGGCCAGACCUUCCACUCGCUGCUCACGGCCUCUCUGCCGCCCCGGCGAGAUAGUACUGAGGCUCCGAAGCCAAAAAGCAGCCCUGAGCCUCCUUCAGGCCAGGGCAGGACGCGAGCUGGGACACAGGUCCCAGUGCUUGGCCCUGAGGAUGACUUAGCCAGUGUGUUCCUGCAGAUCUUCCCACUAAGCCCCGAUCCUCGGUGGCAGAGCUCCAGCCCUCGGCCCCUCGCCCUCGCCCUGCAGCAGGCCCUGGGCCAGGAGCUGGCCCGAGUCCGCCAGGGGAACCCCGAUGUACCGGGCAUCACGGUGCGCCUUCUGCAGGCCAUGGCCACUCUGUUGGGCUCCCCACAUGGCUGUGCCCUGGCCCUGGCCAUGCACCGCAGCCACUUCCUCUCUUGCCCGCUGAUGCGCCAGCUGUACCAGUACCAGCGCUCUGUGCCCCAGGACACCGGCUUCUCCUCCCUCCUGCUCAAAGUGCUCAUGCAGAUCCUGCAGUGGCUCGACGGCCCUGGUGUAGAAGACGGGCCCCUGCAGGCCCAGCUCAAGAUGUUUGCCACCCGCUACUCAGCAAGGCGCAGGCUCAGCGACGUGCGUAGUGGGCUCCUGCACCUGGUGGAGGCUCUCGGCUUCCACCAGGACCCGGAAGUGGUCAGCUCCACCGUGCGGGCCGUCAUCGCCACGCUGAGGUCGGGGGAGAAGUGCAGUGUGGAGCCUGAGCUCAUCGGCAAAGUCCUCCGCGGCCUCAUCGAGGUGCGCUCCCCGCACUUGGAGGAGCUGCUGACUGCGCUCUUCUCGGCCACCGUGGACACCGCCUGCCCGAGUCCAGCCUCAGGGCCCAUUGUGGUUGUGAGCUCCGUGCUGCUGCAGGAGGGCGAGGGCCCCGGCCCCGGCAAGCAGGACACGGAGGGCGGCAGCGUGGAGGCCACACGCUUGGGACCCGCGUCUGGGCUGCUGGUGGACUGGCUGGAGACGCUGGACCCAGAGGUGGUCAACAGCUGCCCUGACCUGCAGCGCCGGCUGCUCUUCUCACGGAGGAAGGGCAAAGGUCACGCUGGUGCCCAGGUGCUGUCCUUCCGCCCCUACCUCCUGGCCCUUCUCACGCACCAGUCCAGUUGGUCCACGCUGCACCGCUGUAUCCGCGUCCUGCUGGGCAAAAGCCGGGAGCAGAGGCUCGACCCCUCAGCCUCCUUGGAUUUCCUCUGGGCCUGCAUCCAUGUCCCGCGGAUCUGGCAGGGCAGGGACCAGCGCACCCCACAGAAGCGGCGGGAGGAGCUGGUUCUCCGUGUCCAGGGCCCAGAGCUGCUCAGCCUAGUGGAGCUGAUCUUGGCUGAGGCGGAGACCCGCAGCCAGGAUGGGGACAGCACGGCCUGCACCCUCAUCCAGACCCGGCUGCCCCUGCUGCUCAGCUGCUGCCGUGGCAAUGACGAGAGCGUCGGGAAAGUGACCGAAUACCUGACUGGCUGCAUCCAGCAGUGGGGAGACAGCUUGCUGGGCCAGCGCUCACGAGACCUGCUGCUGCAGCUCUACCUGCAGCGACCAGAGCUGCGCGUGCCUGUGCCCGAGGUCCUGCUGCCUCGCGAAGGGGCCACCGGCAGCAGCAUCUGCAAGCUGGACGGAUUCAUCCACCGGUUUAUCACCCUGCUCGCCGACACCAGCGACUCCCGCUCCUCCGAGAGCCGAGUGGCCGAUGCCAACAUGGCCUGUCGGAAGCUGGCUGUGGCCCACCCCAUCCUGCUCCUGAGGCACCUGCCCAUGAUCGCAGCCCUCCUGCACGGCCGCACACACCUGAACUUCCAGGAGUUCCGGCAGCAGAACCACUUGGCCUUCUUCCUGCACGUGCUGGGCAUUCUGGAGCUGCUGCAGCCGCGCGUCUUCCAGAGCGAGCACCAGGGGGCGCUGUGGGACUGCCUGAUCUCCUUCAUCCGCCUGCUGCUGAACUACCGGAAGUCCUCCCGCCACCUGGCGCCCUUCAUCAGCAAGUUUGUGCAGUUUAUCCACAAGUAUGUGGCCUGCAGCGCUCCGGCGGCCGUGUCCUUCCUGCAAAAGCACGCGGAGCCCCUCCACGACCUGUCCUUCGACAACAGUGACCUGGCGAUGCUAAAGUCUCUCCUGGCAGGGCUCAGCCUGCCCAGCCGGGAUGGCAGAGCUGACCAAGGCCUGGACGAUGAAGGCGAGGACGAGCACUCGGCUGGUUCACUGCCACUUGUCAGCGUCUCCCUUUGUACCCCGCUGACCGUGGCCGACGUGGCCCCGCACAUGAAGAGGCUGUCCCGGGGCCAGGCUGUUGAGGAUCUGCUAGAGGCUCUGAGCGACAUAGAUGAGAUGUCCCGGCGGAGGCCCGAGGUCCUGAAUUUCUUCUCGACCAACUUGCAGCGGCUGAUGAGCUCUGCCGAGGAGUCCUGCCGCAACCUGGCCUUCAGCCUGGCUCUGCGCGCCAUCCAGAACAACCCCAGCAUUGCUGCCGACUUCCUGCCCACCUUUAUGUAUUGCCUGGGCAGCCGGGACCUCGAGGUGGUGCAAACAGCCCUCAGGAAUCUGCCCGAGUAUACCCUCCUCUGUCAAGAGCACGCUGCCGUGCUGCUGCACCGCGCCUUCCUGGUGGGCAUGUAUGGCCAGAUGGACACCAGUGCCCAGAUCUCUGAGGCCCUGAAGAUCUUGCAUAUGGAGGCCGUGAUGUGACCCAUGAGCCUGCCGUCGCUAGCACCGUGUCUGAUAAGCCUGUUCCAUUCCCCAGCGUCUCGUCCCUGAGCCACCAAGGCUGGGCAGGAGCUAAGAGCAGCACCACCCUGGACCACAGUUGGCACUGGUGGCUGUCCUCUGAGGCUUCGCGAUGCUCCGGGUCACAGUCAUGGGUCAUGGGGACGUGGCCCAGUGCAAGGAGAGGACAGAGUGUUGUGCUGGUGGGCACAGUGAGACUGUUGUCAAUGAAAUACCAACCCCCUGCG